AUGGAUGCCUUGACCUUGGGUGCGACCGACCUGUCGCGGUUUGAAGCAUUCUCUAUCGUCUCCGUCGGCUAUAAAGCGGUCCACGGCCAUACAAUCACCGUGGAUGUGCUCUAUCCCAAGAGCUUGAACGAUCCAUCUCAAGAACACGUACUCUCCGUUCCUCGACCAGUUCUACUUCGCUAUCAUGGUGGCGGCCUUAUCGCUGGAUACAGUCUCUUUCCUCCAUUUUUUAGCCCGUGGUAUCUCGAACUAGCGCAGGAACACUCGGCCAUCAUUGUUUCUCCAAAUUACCGACUGUUGCCGGAGUCUUCUGUACUGGAAGUGCUUGAGGAUGUGGAAGACCACUGGCAAUGGAUGCAUCGGUCGCUUCCCAUCUUGCUACAGCAAGAAACAAAGGGCACAGUGAAGCCCGAUCUGAGUCGGAUAAUGGCUAUCGGCGACAGUGCCGGGGGGUAUCUCAGUUUGCAAAUGGCUUUAAGUCACCCAGACGAGAUUCGAGCGGUCAAUGCCGUCUAUCCCAUAGUCAACCCGAAAGCACCCUACUUCAGCAGUUGCCAGGAACGGCCUGUGUUCAACCUCCCGGCUUAUCCACCGGAUACGCUGAGAUGGCAUCUAGACAGCAUUAAGAGACAGGAGGCACUCACGCAGAAGCCUAUGAUUGUGUCCGCCGCCGCCGACGCCGAUCGAUUCCGGCUAAUGUUUGCGGCAUGCCAAUAUGGCCAGCUAGGCCAGCUUUUCCCAGCAGCUUCCAUUACUCCCUAUCUGCUUGAAAGGCUCGAUGCUGGAGCACGCUUUCCACGCGGUGGAGUCUUGAUACUCCAUGGGCUGGAUGACACGGUGGCUCCUGUUGAGGAGAGCUACCUGUUACGGAGGAAACUUGCCCAGGUUGACCCCAGCCUCAACUUUCGACUGGUCGUGCGGGAUGGGGAGCAUGGAUUUGACCACCUGGCCAAGUUACAUGAUGCUUGGUUGUGGGAUGCGAUUCAGGACAUUGUUAGAUCCUGGUUAGACUGA